CACAUUUGAAACAGAAGUCAUGUAUUGAUUGUGUGAUUCCAAUGAAGAUUUACUUUCUUUCUUUGUUUUCUUUUCAUAAUCUUUGCCCAUCUUUUUCAGUUGUUUGUCCAAAUCUCCAACAUAAUCAUUAUGAGCUUUUUCAUCUUUGGUCACUCUUUUGGAAUAUUUAUCCCAGAAUUUUUGAAUCGAAUCGAAAUCUUUUUGUAAAGCUUUAUUCAGCUUUGAUUGAAUUUCAUUAUGAUUUUCAUAAAACUGUGAAGUAGUCUGAAAGCACAUAACAUGAACAUUAUCCAUUCCUUUACUAUUUCCAUAUUCCUUUAAUGUUUUACUAAACGUUUUUGAGGCCUUGCUUAAUUUAUUUAUCAAGUCACGAUAGGCUUCAGCAGCUACAACAAGACGUUCUAAAUUAUCUACUGCUUUACGAGCAUCAUCAAUAUUAGGUAAUUUAUCUUCUUGAGAAAAAUAACUAGACAAAUUUUUCGUUGGUGAUAAAACUGGUGACAUUGGAGGGGACCCGAAGAAUGUAAAACGUUUCUUUUGUGAUAAUGCCAUUA